UUUAUACUGUUUUGUACAUUAUUUAAGUUAAAAAUAAUUAUGGACUCUCAAUUAUGGGUUCCUGUGCCGAAGAUCCAAUCCUCCAAAUCAGAGCCUGAGAAUGCUAAAGAACCCUUAAAAGGGGCCAAAACUGACGUUCCAAACCAAAAUAAAAUUAAUACUUCAAAUUCCAAUAGACCUUAUCCUGAAAAGAAUGAUCUCAAUAACCAUUGUGUGAACCAUUCUGUAGCCCAGGAUAAUUCUGAAGAUUUUACUUUAAGUGUUAGAAUUAACAAAAAACGCACUAUAAAUGAUUUAUUUGAUGAUAGUGAUGAAGAAAGUUUUACUCCCAAAUCAGAACUCUCUCCCCAAACACAUUUACAACCUGUUACCUCCUCCAGUGAACUCACUAAACCUGAACAUGUAAAUAACGCAUCAGAUGUUAAAUAUGAUAAAUUGUUGCCUGAUUCUAAAGUUAAUAAUUUACCCCUAAAUGAACCUGUUGGUAAACAUGAUACAGAUAGCCAUAAAAGGCGGAAAACUGGUGGCGUAGAUGACCAUAAAGUUCAGAAAGCCGAUGAUUUGUCUGACUUUAAAAGGUCAAACUCUGAUGAAAUUCCACUCUCAAACAAGUUGGAAACUCUUACUGACUCUAUGAAAGACUCAUCACUCUCCCAUAAACCUCUUGAUAAUUCUAAUAUUUCAGAUUCAAAACAUGUUCCCUCUACUGAAAAUCUCAAUUCUGAUACUCCAAAUCACUCUAAAUCUACCAAAACUGCUGAAGAUAGUGUUAAAGUUGAAGCUCAAACCUCUAAGAAUAAAAUGAAACCCAAAAUUGAUCAGGAAACUGCCAAAACUAGUGAUGAUAGUAAAACUAGUUUUAAAACUCAUGAAACUGAUGGUGAAAACAAAAAUAAGGUAAAAGUAAAAAGAGAAGUGAAAGUUGAUAUUGUGAAUAAUGUUAAGAUGGAAGAAAAGGUACAAGUGAAGAAAGAGAAGAAAGAGGAUACAUUGGUGUUGGAGGAUACAUUAGAGCCGAUAAACCGUUGGUGGGAAGAGAUAGAUGGAGAUAUGGAUUAUAAUAAGGGCUUGGAAUUUGAGAGUAAGUCAAGUCGUUGGAAGUACUUGGAACACAAUGGGAUGAUAUUUACACCAGAAUACGUUCCUCACAACGUACCGAUAAAGGUGAAGGGUGAAACGAUACACUUGCCGCCUCAUUUGGAAGAAAUUGCCACCAUGUGGGCUCAGAGUAUUGGAACUAACUACGAAACAAGUGACAUCUACUGCAAGAAUUUCUGGCAAGUUUUCGUCUCUAAAUUUGAAAAGGACCAUUUUAUACGCCGUUGUAAACUCACUGAUGUGGAUUUCAGCCUAAUUAAAACCCAUCUUGAGGAUGAGAAACAGAAGAAAAAGGAUAAUAAAGAAUUUUACAAGGCCAAGCAACAAGAAGAUGCUAAACGAGAGUAUAGGUUUAACUAUGCCUUAGUUGAUUGGGUUAGGGAAAAGGUUAGUAGUAACAAGCUUGAGCCUCCGGGAUUAUUCAAGGGUAGGGGGCUACAUCCUAAACAGGGUCUUUUAAAAGCCCGAAUGUUUCCAAAAGAUGUUAUUUUAAACCUCUCAAAAGACGCACCAGUUCCUAAAGUAUCAAACUUUCAACGUGAAGGACACUCUUGGAAAGAUAUUUACCAUGACAAUAGUGUCACUUGGCUUGCAUAUUACAAGGAUAGUAUUAAUGACCAGUUUAAGUACAUGUAUCUGUCUGCACAAUCAAAAUUUAAAGGGUUUCAUGAUUUUUUAAAGUAUAAUAAAGCCAGGGAGCUUAAAGCCUACAUACAGAAAAUUAGAGAUGACUACAAUACCAAAAUGCUCUCCAUGGACAUUUAUGAGAAGCAGUUGGGGACAGCGGUAUAUUUGAUUGAUUUCUUGGCACUGAGGGUUGGAGGCGAAAAGGAUGCAGAUGAAGCUGACACUGUUGGCUGUUGUAGUUUAAGAGUUGAACACAUCAAAUUCAGUGAGAAGAAACAAAAUACAAUCACUCUCGACUUCCUCGGAAAAGACUCCAUACGUUAUUUUAACACAGUAACUCUGAACGACGUGGCGUAUGAUAAUCUGGCGAAGUUUUGUCACCGGAAGAAAGCAAGUGAAGAAAUUUUCAACAAAAUCAACACUAAUAAGUUGAAUGAAUAUUUGAGAGAGCUAAUGGAUGGGUUAUCAGCCAAGGUUUUCAGGACCUACAAUGCCUCAAUCACACUUCAGAAUCAGUUUAAAAGACUCAGAUCGAAAUAUAAAAGAAGCAUUACCACUUAUUCGCUACUCCCAAGCUCCAUUACCGAUACGCUCUCUGACGGAUUAAACGAUGUUAAGGGUCUGAAUGAUACCAAGGUUUUUCGUGAGGCGGGUACAACUUCAAGAUCCUCUUCUAACACUGAUUAUUCAAGCUUAACUACCACAAAUAGCAUAGAUAUUAACAACAUCGAUGAUCUGGAUGAUCCGAAUAAUAGUGAUGCCGAUAACUCAAACAAUGCUGACACCGUUAAACAUAAAAAAGAUGAUGAUGUGAAGGACGUGUGUGUUGAUAUUGGAAAUGUUUCAGAGUUACUACAGUUUUAUAAUUAUGCGAAUCGAGAAGUUGCAAUACUGUGUAAUCAUCAAAGAAGUAUACCUAAACAGCAUGAAACUUCAAUGACUAAGCUGAAGUUGCAGGCCAAAAUGCUUAAGGAAGAUAUACAGGAAUUAAACGAGUAUUGCAAGCAUUUGCAGUCAAAUUCGAAAGGAGAAUUUAAAUUUGAGUCUAAAACUAAGGACGUGAAUGGAAACCCUAGAAAACUAAUUACAAAGCCCGGGAUGAAGUUAGAAGCUGCUAAAAACAAACUUUCAACUCUCAAGAAGAAGCAAAAGGAUCACGCCAUUAAGAUGACAAUUAAGGAUAGUAAUAAGACUGUAGCUUUGGGAACCAGUAAAAUUAAUUAUAUGGAUCCUAGAAUCACCGUUGCGUUUUGUAAGAAGUAUGAAAUUCCCAUAGAAAAAGUUUUUAACAAGAGUUUGCGCAUGAAAUUUCCGUGGGCCAUGUAUGUACGAUCUGAUUUCACCUUUUAAUAUACUACUCUAUUUGUAUAAUAGUGUACAAUGAUAAUGUAUACAAC